CAAGCUCUGUGUGGAACGUGCCUCCUGCUGCAGCCCAAGGGUCUUGGUCUCCCCACCUGUGUCUCCCCGGCUCUGAGGACAUGGAUAACUGCUGCAAGCAUGCUCUGCUCUGCCAUGUGACCUGCCUGUUUGUCCUUGCACAGCUGCUUACCCGGGCGUCCACAGAGCAGUUCCGGGUGCUUGGUCCCUCAGACCCCAUCGUGGCUGCUCCAGGUGGGGAAGCCAUACUUCCCUGCUCCCUUUCUCCAGCCGUGAGUGUGGAGAAGAUGGAGCUCAGGUGGUUCCGCUCCAGAUUUUCAGAAGCUGUGUUUGUCUAUCGGGACCAACAAGAGCAGAAGCAAGAGCAGAUGGCUGGGUAUUCAGGACGCACCUCGCUGGUGAAGGACCAGUUCCACCAAGGCAAGGCUGCUGUGCGUAUCGGAAAUGUCCAGGUCUCAGACAGAGGGAUGUAUGUCUGCUUCUUCAGACAGGGUCUCUUCUAUGAAGAUGCCAUCUUGGAGCUGAAGGUGGCAGGGAUGGGCUCUGUCCCUGAAGUGCACAUCAAAGGUACAGAAGAUGGUGGUGUGUGUGUGGUGUGCAAUGCUUCAGGGUGGUACCCGAAGCCCCAGGUGCAGUGGAGAGACUCCAGAGGGGAGAAUCUCCCAGCAUCCUCUGAGACCCACACUGAAGAUGCUGACGGUCUGUUCAGCAUGGAGAGCACAUUGGUGGUGAGAGACAGGUCCUUAGGGAGUGUGACCUGCUCCACCUUCAAUCCCAUGCUGGGCCAGGAGAAGGCCAUGGCCAUGUUCAUCCCAGAGCCCUUCUUCCCUCAGGCUUCUCCCUGGACGCCAGCUUUUGCUGUGAGCAUGACCAUGAUGGGACUUCUAGUCCUAGGGUCUUGCUGUUUUCUCAGAAGGGAGUGGCGUGCAAGGCUGCAGGUGCAUCAGGAACGGGAGAAUCUGCGGCGUGAGCAGGAGGAGUUGCUGAAGACAAAGGAGCAUGCGCUGAAGACAGUGCAUCGGAGGAAGGCAGCUUAUAUGGCUGCCUGGAGGAAGGCCCAGCUGUAUGCAGAUUGGCGCAGGGAGCACUUCCAGUCCUGGUCUGUCACUCUGGAUCCAGACACUGCCCACCCCAUCCUCGCCAUCUCUCAGGACAGGAGGAGUGUGACCUGGUAGGACACCACCAUGCACUUGGAUGGCCCCUUCAGUGUGUUAGGCAUGGAAGGCAUCUCCUCUGGAAGACGCUACUGGGAGGUGAAGAUAGGGAAUGGAGACAGCACUGAGUGGACUCUGGGGGUCUGCAGGGAAGAUGUGGACAGGAAAAAAUGGUAUUCAGAGUGUCCAGGAAAGGGGUUUUGGACCAUGGGACGGUCUAAUGAUGUAUAUUGGGCCUUUACUGAACCUGGAAAAACUUCAUUAUCCUUUCGGCAAGCUCCCCAGCGUGUGGGUGUGUUUGUGGACUACAGCGAAGGCGACAUUUCCUUCUAUAACAUGAGUGAGAUGUCCCACAUUUUCUCCUUACGUGAAGCUUCCUUCACUGGGACUCUUUUCCCAUACUUCAGGCUCAAGUCUGGAGAUGUUUCAAUGAUUCUCAGCUCCUUGGAGCAUGACUCUGAGGGGGUCGAAGGAGAGAAGAGAAGAAGGAGGAAGGGGAAGAAGGGGAUGAGGGGGAAGAGAAAGAAGAGGGAGAAGAAAGGGAAGAGGUUAUUUUUGCCUUUUUUGAAGGAGUCUGGGAAUCCUCCAGGGGAGGGGCUCACCCCAGGCUCUGGAGUUGUUGACUCUCCCCCAGGGGAGGAAUCCCCAUUCCUCCCUUAUCCUGGUGACACUUUGCUCCCAUAGUGCAGUUCACUGCCUCUAAGUUGUCAGUGUGAGUCCUUGUGGGACUGCAGAAGCCACAGGCUUUCUUUGGGUCACCAACCAGCUCCCAAGUCCUGAAUGGGGACUUGGCAUUCAUUGUGGAUGCUUGACCUUAUCUUGCGCUCACCCUACUAGCUCUCAUUGCUUAGAUUAGCCUGCUUCUCUUCAUCUCCGCUUUGCCUCAGGACUUUUUACCUUUCUUUCCUUUCAUAUAUCCUACUCUGAGUGUGUCUGUCUGGUGGCUGCCUGGCUGCCCCGUGGCGUCCCCCUCUCUUUCUCCCUUGUUCUCUUCUCCCUUCUCCCCUGAGAACCCCCUAGAUUCUUCCUCCUCCUUAUUCUCUCUGCCCGCCAGCUCUGCCCACCCCUCUACUGCUUAGCUAUUGGGUGUUCAGCUUUUUACUCAACCCAUCAGAUGCCUUAGGCAGGCAAAGUGAAGCAGCAACACCUCUUUACACUGGACUGCUGGUCCCGGUGCUAUAAUCAGACAAGCUGAGCAAGCGGUGGGAGAAAGCCAGGAAGCAGCCUCCUCUAUUGCCUCUGCACCAGCUCUGCCCUGCUUGAGUUCCUGUCCUGACUUCCUUUGAUGAUGGACUGUGAUCUGGAAGUGUAUUGAAACAAACCCUCUCCUCUCCUUGUUGCCUGUUUGUCAUGGUGUUUUCCACAGCACAGAAGCCCUAGCUGAGACUAGGUGCCUAUGGCUUCUUUCUGGGAAAUGUGUUGUAGAGGCCAGAAAUCAUAGCUCCUCAUGUGUGAGGUCCUGGGUUCAGUCCUCAGGAUUGUAAAGUAAAACAAAGAACAACCCGAAGUAGACAGAUUUAUUAAGUUAAAGCAUUUCUGGUUUAUUAGUACUUGUCUCUUCAAGCAGAGUUUGAAAAUUAUCUCCUCUGAGCCAAAUUGUGUUUGACUGUUUUUGUGUGUGUGUGUGUGUGUGUAGGUAUGUGCUGUGAACUGUUGUAAACAUUUAUUUAAUGUAAAAUGUCAAAUAGUACUUUGUGCUAUGAGUAAAGAUGAAAUU